AUGCUUAAAGUUGGAGUACCAUUAAGCUCGAAAUAUAUUGGAACAAUUUCAAAAUUGAGAUACUUUAUGACAGCAGCAGAUAAAAUCAGUAUUGGGAAUUUUAAAGGGAAACCAAACCCUGAAACCGGAAACUAUACUGUACCUUUUAUCGAAGGGGAUGGAGUAGGUCCCGAAAUCUCAAAAUCAGUCAGAACUAUCUUUAAAGCUGCCAAGGUACCAAUAGAUUGGGUAAAUUGUGAUAUUGGGCCAUUACUAAUUAACGGAGAAACUACUAUUCCACAAACUGCCGUUGAUCAAAUUAAUAAUAGUUUGAUUGCUUUGAAAGGACCAUUGGCUACGCCUGUAGGUCAAGGUCAUCGAUCAAUAAAUUUGACUCUUAGAAAAACGUUUGGUUUGUUUGCAAAUGUACGUCCAGCAAAGUCAAUUCCCAAUUUAGCCUCCACAUAUGAAAAUGUGGAUCUAAUUGUGAUUCGAGAAAAUACUGAAGGUGAGUAUUCCGGUAUUGAACAUGAAAUUGUACCAGGUGUUGUUCAAUCUAUCAAGUUAAUUACAAGAAAGGCUUCAGAAAAGGUUAUUAAGUAUGCCUUCGAGUAUACAAGAUCAAUUGGAAGAUCAAAUUUGAUAGUGGUGCACAAAGCCACUAUCCAAAGACGCGGCGAUGGUUUAUUUGUUCAAACUGCACAAGAAAUGGCGGACAAGUAUCCAGACGUUAAUUUGAAAUUAGAAUUAAUCGAUAACACUGUCUUGAACUGUAUAAUGAACCCAGAAAAGUACGCUGAUUCUGUUUCAGUUUGUCCAAACUUAUACGGUGACAUUUUAUCUGAUUUGAAUUCUGGAUUGAGUACAGGCUCACUAGGGUUGACUCCCUCUGCAAAUAUAGGCGAAACAGUUCUAUACGAGGCAGUUCAUGGUAGUGCUCCAGAUAUUGCAGGCCAAGACAAAGCCAAUCCCACUGCUUUAUUACUUUCUUCUGUCAUGAUGCUCAACCAUAUGGGGUUACAAAAAUAUGCCGAUAUGAUAGAGACUGCGGUUCUAACAACGAUUACUAGUGGAAAAGAAUUCCGAACUGCAGACCUCGGUGGUUCAGCAACCACAACAUCAUUUACAAAAGCCGUGAUCGAAAACUUGAAUUGA